AUGGCUCCUAAUACUAAUUCUUACACCCGUGUCUUGAUUGUAACGUUAAAGUCACCUCCUAUUAGCAAGUUAACGUCACAGAUCUUAGAGCUGACUGGUGUUAAUCCUCGUACAGUUGAUCGUAUCUAUAGUAGAGCUAUCGCUGCUGGCUUUAAGCUAAACGUUCUCUCUCUUAAGAUCCUUCCACAGCACGUUUAA